AUGCAUCAUGCCAGUCCAUACAUGCAUGGCGGCAGUGACACGCGAGGCGGUGGGGAGAGCGGCGUCGGCAGCGAGGGUAGUGGAGGUGGUCAUGCGAUGAGUCUGGUAGACAAACUGAACACCAUGUCACGGGUCCGUAGACGACGGCAAGAGGCCGAGGCGCUCGCUUCCGAGGCCCGUCAGGCUAUGGAGGACCCCCUCAUGCCCAUCACCCCCGAGAUCGGACCCGUCGGCUAUCAACUGGCCGAAGGCGAUGAAUGCUCCAUGCUCGAGCCUCACUCUAAGGAGCAGCCGCUUGUGAAGGAGCUGAUACAGACAUUGAUUGAAUGGAUAAAUAAGAAGUUAAUUGACGAGAGAAUUCUCGUUCGAGACAUUGAGGCAGAUCUAUACGACGGGCAGGUCUUGCAGAAACUCCUCGAGAAGCUCACCGGUUCUUCUCUUAACCAACCCGAACUCACCCAGACGGAAAUGGGGCAGCGUCAAAGACUUAAGCUUAUGUGGUGCUCUCGAUUUCAGUUUGUUCUUGAGGAGAUUAAUAACGUGCUAGGAGUACCGGAUAGCUACGCUGCAAAAAAUUGGCCGAUUGCAGCGAUCUUUUCAAAGGACCUGGUGGCUAUACUGCGCCUACUGGUGGCCUUGGUUCGACGCUUCGCCCCCGACGUCCGCCUACCUCCAAGCUGUCAACUCACUCUGGUCAUCGUGCGUAAACUUAACGGCAUCCUCCAACACCGCAGACAGGUGGAGGUCAUCACCGAGGCCGCCGACACCACCGAUGCAUCGAUGGAGCGUGAUGCAAUUAGUGCCUUGGUGGACUGCGCAGUGCCUGAGAAACUGGGGGCGUUUCAGCGCAUCCUUCUACAAUUUGUCAAUCAGCACCUUGGCAAGCUCAACAUCGUCGUCACCGAUUUGCAGAGACAGAUGGACGAUGGAGUGUACUUCCUUUUGUUGAUGGGGCUGCUGGGUGGUUACUUCAUUCCGCUGCACAAGUUCCACCUAGCACCACGGACCAACGAGCAGAAACUGGCCAAUCUGCAUUUGGUGCUGCAGCUGAUGCAGGAAGCCGAGGGCAUCGAGCCCGGUGCAGGCACACGCGCCGACGACCUGCUGCGGCGUGACCUCAAGGCCACGCUGCGCUUCCUCUACACUCUCUACUCACGUUAUAAGGACGUGGAGUAG